AUGACCGACAUCAAUGCUCGCCCGGCCAAAAGAAGCAUAGAGUCAAUUUGUACAAUCGCCGGUGCCAGAGUUCCGAGUGUGCCGCCGAUUCCACCAGAUUCUGUCCCCAACCUUGAAUCGAUCCGUCAGGUCUACGACAUUGCCUUCGCCCCCGGUCUGGACAAACUACUGGAGUCCGGGCCGACAAGAUGGUUCUCCCGACAAGGCUUCCCAUUGCUUUGUGCAAAUCGAACCCAACUGGGUAAUAUGCUGGCGUAUUUGACAUUGGUUAGUAACCAUGCUGAUACGGCCACUGAGAAUGCCACUUUGGCAAGUCAGGAAGCUCGGAUCACUUGGGCCCUACUCGAGUUAUGUGUCAGGCCCGAGCAUGACGGCGGAGAAGAAGCCGAUAGACUUGCUCGUCGAUGCCGUGCUCUCGAAUCGAUCUUGACCGGCGAACCAUUUUCUAGUCCGACCGCUUCACUCGCCGAUUUUGUCCAUCAAGACGAAGCGGAACCGGAGCCGAGAAGCAGCGCAUUGGAGAAACAACUGGGGCAAAGAUCCAACGAGUUUUGGAACCUGGUCGAAGCGGCGGCGACAAGUCAAGAUCCUGAAGGAGAGGGGAUUUCUCCGUUGGCAGUCCAAGAGUGUCGGCGUUUCUUAGAUGGCAUGGAGAGCCGAGACGUCAUCUACAGUAUCAUGUUGCUAGGGUCGAAAUCGAGUGGAAACGGCGAUCUCACUUCGGAACGAGAAUUGGCUCGAAGAUAUUUGGCGAGCCAGGCGAACGGACGUGCUACGAAUCAGGUUUUGGCCACCGUGUCAGGCAUGGCGUUGAGGGCGUUUGAAGGCUGA